AUGGAGGUGGAGGAGGAGGAAAGACGCUCUCCACACGAUCAUGUGGAUCGGUGUGUUCCCGAGAGCUUCUUUGAUCGCGUAACGCAAGGGUUACGCGACGAUCUCGAGCAUGAGCGGAAUAGGCGUCUCCAGAUGGUGGACACUGCCUUGAAGCAUCGAGCUGAGUUUGCCUUUGCUCAGCUUGAGAACGAGAGAUCUCUGACAUCUCUUCGUGACGAGCUAAGGGUAGCUCGUGGGAUUGUUGAUCGGUCUCGGGCUGAGAUAACUGCUCUUCAGACCCUUGUUGAUGCCCACCAUCGGGAGCACAAGGCUCUCUGCGAGAUGCUUGAGCGCAAGGGCGUUCUUCAUCGGAAGAAGCAGCGUACUGAUGGUACGGCUUAA